CGCACGCACGCACACACCACACACUCUGUCCUCAGACCACACCCCCUCCUGCUGCCUGUAUCUCUGCCCGUCUCCAUCUGCCUUGCUAACACUUCAUUCUCUGUCUGAACUGGGGCAGCCUCAUUCUCUCCUCCAGGAUGUCGGGCCCUCUGACCAGCGCAGCUUUCCUCCUGUUCCAGCUUGCCCUCCUGCUCGCCCCAGCGCAACGCCUGGAAGCCAAGCCACUCUCUAGCACACAUGGGGGGCGAAAUCUGGAUGGUUCAGCUGGGGUCCUGCGCCUCCGUCGUGAGCUUCGUGAUUCUCUGCCUUACGAAGCCCAAAUGAUGUCAUAUCCACCGGGGGCUGGUAUGGAGGGCCAAGGCAAUGAGCUCCUCUACCAGCCGGAUGGCUGGCGAGGGCAAAGCUUAGGGCAGGCCCUACAGCGAUUGGUCGAGGAUGACCGAAGGCGGGACCAGGAGGCGGCGUACCUGGCCGGCUUGCUCCGGCUCCUCAGUGAAGGGGAAGGUAAUGCCCAGAGGGCUGGAAAAGGGGGAGAGGAAGAGGACGAAGAAGGCGGAGAUCUCCAGGGACCCUACCCACCUGACUAUGAUGAGACAGAGCCGAGCGUGAGCAUGACUAAGCCCCAAGCCUCUUGGCAAGGCCUCCUGGACCCUCAGCUGACUCAGGCUCUGCUAAAUCGCUACCGGCAGGAGAGGCUGCUGCAGGCUGGGCUCACUCCCAGUGGGAACAAGCUGCAGGAGAGCCGUGGAGAGGCAGGAACAGAGGAGAGAGACGAAGAGGCCCUCAGAUAUCUCGUCGGAAGAGUCCUGUCCACUCUUGCGUCCGAAGCCCCACAGGGCGGCCCUGCCCGCCUGGCCAAGCGGGACCUGGCGGCUGUGAGUGCGGGGGCCCCGGGGGUCAUGGCCCCAAAACGAUCCCGCCGCUCGGUCGAUUCUGUGCCACUGCAGCCCCCCAACUCGGAACCAUCGCUGUUCCGAGUGAAGAGGCUGGAGGACCAGGAGGACAAGAUGGCGUCGGCCGCGGCUGGCGGGGCCUCACGGGGCCUGCAGAGAAUGAAGCGAAUCGACGGCGACCUGCCGCAGGUGAAACACAGCCGCAAGAGGCGAGCCCUGACGUAUGACCCAAGUGUGCUGGCCCAGCACAUCCUACAGUACCUGCCAGAGUAAAGCAGAUGUGGGAGAAGCGGGCGCGUGUGGCUAAUGUAAUACCACACACACAUACACAGUACACCGACAUCCACACACAAAGUAUCAGCUUACAAGGAGAUAGUCAAAGCUGUCUGCUCCAGGAUAAGUUAGCCUCUGCAUUUGUUGUGUGUUUCUUCUUUUUAUUUAUCUGAGAAUAAAUUCAUCUGACAAUAUCCAUCGCAGUCUAAAACCAGUAAACAGCUGAGAAGGAAAUGAACUGUCUGACUUUGAAGGGAAAACUGGCCAGUAGGAUCAAGAGAGUUUCUUACUGUAAGUGAUCCUUGGAAAUAAUCAAGCUUUUAUUAUCAUUACAUUAAAUGUGAAAUUCAGUUGUGUAAAGUGGUGCAGGUCCUCUGUUAGUUUUGUCCAUAUGAUCCAUCAAGCUGUGCCCUAAGCGGGUAUGAUAUGACAUUGAAGGGCGGUUCAGAUAAAUUACAUUGUUAUCUAAAUGGUUUUGAUCUGUCGAAUGCGUUGUUUCGUCCAAAAUUAAAAUUCCAUCCAAAAUGCCCAUUUAAUGAUGUCCCUCACCGUUGAUCAAAAUGUGAAACUAUCUGACAGUCCUGGCACCUGUUCCACUAGCAGAUCUCUCAGCAGCAAGUGAGGUGAGUGUCACAUUUGUCUCUCCCUGUGCUAAACACGCUCUGCAAAUCCAUCUCAGUCGCACUACCAUGGCAGAAUGGGAUUGUGGGAUGCAAUGUCCUUU